CAAUCAAAACAAAAGUAGGCCCAGACGCUGUCAGUCAGUCGGUGCGAGUGAUGCGUUGAUAGGUAGGUGGACAGGUAAACGGACAGAAGUCGACAUGACAAGUGUAACAGCAUGGAACAGCAUUGAAGGAUUACCGAAACAGUUUGUUAAAUCACUUCGUGUUCUUUUCGACAUUUUAGACGAACAGAGAUGUGGUUAUGUUCGAUUUGUCGACAUCGAAAGCAGAUGGCACGAGGAAGGGGUGAAGGGGCUACCAAGUGGGGUAAUCGAAGCUUUACGAAAAGUUACUCCUCAUAAUGGUUACCUUAGUUUUGACAGAUUUGUGGCCGGUUUAAAACUUGCUAUGUUAACAAGUAGAAAUCCCAGAACACACGACCACCAGCAAAAACAUGAAAGCCAUACACAUAAUAAGCACGUAAAGGUUGACCCAAGCAGACAAGGAGUCCUAAAUGACGGGCAGCAUAUAAAUGAAAAAGAAAAUAGAACCGAACAUGGUACCAGGAGAACAAGUCAGCCACGAAGUGAUGCACCUCAGCCUCCCAAGAGAUCUAGUCAUAGAGCUUUACACCAAAAUAGAUACCACACCAUAAAUACUGCAGCUGUGAAACCGAAUAAUGUAUUGAAUGCAUUACAUGAUCGAAGUAAUGUUAGAAAAGAAAUUUUGGAUCACCCAGAAAAAUACCAUUCAAGAGAAAAACUGUCAUCUUAUAGCUCUCAUCAUGAUGUUCCAAUUUCGCCGAUUUCAAAAUCAUCCGUUGACUCUUUAAAAGAUAAUCACAAUACAAAUGGGAGUAAUCCGCCUCAGGUUCCUCCAAGAGACAAAAAUAAUAAACGUAUCAUAACUGAACUGAAGAACUGGCAGCGACGAAUCAAAGAGCCUGGACAACCAUCUGUUGCAAAGAAAGAACAUUUUCAUCAAGCUAAUAGUGAUUCACAUCUACUGGCCCAAAGUUCUCAUUCAUCAGCUGGAGGAGUUUACGUUAACAUUGAGCAGGUCGCCAGGGUAUCACACAGCAAUGAGUCGGAUCCGAAGGUCCAGAAUGCCAGCUCCCUCCCUCAGAAGUCGGGGGCUACAGUCCGACGACAGAACUCGGCCCGCAGACAUACGCUGUCCAGUGGAGUGGAUUACAGUAUGAUCAAGAGACUGAGACAGUUAGAGAAAGAGAAGGAGGUGUUGAUGCAGGGACUGGGAAUAGUAGAACAGGCGCGAGAAUGGUACCAAAAGCAAGUCCAGAGCAUCGACGAAAAACAGAAAUAUGUCGGAAAAGCCACCUAUAAUGACAACAACUUGGAGUCUCAUCAAGAGAGAAUGAAUUUUCAGCAGGCUCGUGUUUCAGAGGUGAACCAACAGCUGAAAACUCUCAUAGAGAGUUCCGAAAAGGGGUUUCCACUCCACAUGAACCUUGCUGUCCGCUCAACUAACAGCACCAUGAACCCAGAGGAAACCGUCAGGAUGUUGAAGGGCCAGAACAGGCAGCUCACUAAGGAAGUGGGACAGAAGGGAGAUAUGAUCUCUAAGCUGGAGCAGGAGAAGGCAACUCUAGUCCGUGACCUGUUUGAGGCAAGGUCCCAAAACAAACCAACUAAUUACGAUGACACAACAUUCAUGUGAACACAGACCAGCCAUUUUGAACAACACGUCUUCCAUAGAAACACACCCCUACAAAGUGCUAUAAGAAUUGUAUACAAAGGGAACGGAUAAGUGUGGAUGAAGAAGCGAUAAGUGCAGAAGAAAAAAGCUUUAGUUUUAACUGUAUACAUCAAUUUUGUAUUGUACCAUAUUAUUACAUGUAAUAUAAUUUCUUUUACAUAUAGAAAAUUGGCACCAGUCUACUUAAUUUAUUUUUUUAGAAUAAUUUGCUUUUAUUGGCACACAGAAGAAACUAACCACAAAAAAGAGACACAAGUAAAUUUCAAUUAUCUUUCUUUUUUAUGGAAUAGAAUAUUUUCAUUGCGUUACUUGCAAGUUUUCUGACAAUCGUUUAUGUAUCUAGCAUGACAACUUUGACUAUGGUACUUGUCACAAGAGAAUGUUUUCUAUAAAAAGUGUUUAAGAAGAAUUGUGUCAGUUAUAUCAUUUAUUAUUAACUUUAAGUUCUGUACGUGUUAUUUAUAAGUCACAAUUUGUGUAUACAUCUGUAAACAUCUAUUUAUGGAAUCUAUUAAUAAGCAGCAUUGCAAAGCACUGGUGAUAGUUAAUGUGUGUAUUGACAGAAUAUGUGGAGACACAGUUAAAACCUGUUCCACCUAGAUGUGGUAGUAGAAUCACCUUGUUAUCCACACAUAGAAUUCUCAUGGCCUUGGUACAGCUAACAGCCAUUGGAUGUGGUGGGAUUUAAAGUUCAUCAAAACACAAUGACGUUGCCUUGUUUAUCAUGUUUACCAAAUUUAUUAAGCCAUAUUUGAUUGAUAAUAACAGAAAACGUAUUAUAAUUUAAUGCUUUGUUGAAAUACUGAAAAAUCAGCACGACACUGUGUAAGUUAACUCAGUUCAUUUAGUUUUCAUUGUUUUAUGGAAGAAGUUUUUUUUACAUUGUACAAGAGAAUUGAAGUAUAUGAACAGCGACAAUGCAACAGAAAAAGCAAUAUUUUGUUCUUUUAUAAAUGAUUAAGUGAACGGUUGUGAACAUGACAAGAAUGUCUGUGUUUGUAAGUUGACGUAUUUUAAGGUGAGAUUGUAUGGUGUAAAGUGACGUUUAUUUUGGCAGGUAUUUGAACUUGUUUGUACAUAGCAUUAUUUUUAGAUAUAGAAGUAUGAAUGUCCGAAGUAAACCUUAUGUUUUUAUAUUUUAUAUACAUAUCAAAUGUUGCAUUAUUCUGUAAAUACCAUACUCUGUGUAAUCCAGUUUUAUGAUAGAACCCUGCAGCAGUAUUUGUACAUAUUGUGUACGUUUUUGUGUACAUAUGUAGUAAAGUACCGACUUGUGCCUGAAGCUAUGUGUUCAGAAUGGCAAUAAAGUUGUUGUCACAAUUUUCACAAGUCAUAGUGGAGUUAUCUCCCCUUGUGAUGUACAGAUUUUAGAAUUUCGUGAGUUGAAUGUCUGUUUUACAAAUCGAUUUUAAUCUGAAAGGGUUGUGACCUUACACCAUAAACUUUAUUGAAAACAAGUUAGCCAGCAUUGUGUAAUUAGAUACGAGAUAUACAUAAUAAUCACAGUGAUUACUUAAUAACAUCAUAUUUUACAACAUUUAUAUUUUUAGCAGUUAUCCUAUGAUUUAAAAACAAAUACCAAUAUUCUAAUUUUAUACUUCUUCAUUUAAUCACAAACUUGUAUAAUGAAACUAUGAGACUACAGUUUAAUAUGUAAAAUUACUUUGUGAUAAUUAAACAAUUUAGUUUAAAAAAAUGUUCAUGCAAGAAAGAUUGUUUUUCAGUUGUCAAUAGUGAAUAAUAAUUGUGAUAAAGCUUAAUUGAAAUUACUUUUAAUGCAAUAUACAUCAAUUCAAAAUCUCUGAAACCCCUGCAUGUGGUAAAUGUAGCACUACAGGCAGCCGUUUCAGAGAUUGUAAUUUGAUGUGCAUUUCAUCAAAUUCAGUUGUACUCCAUACAAUUACAUUCUUCAAUAAUGUAUCACUGCAUUAUACAACUGAAUGUAAUCUGUAACAGCAUUUUAAUAUCAAGCUUCACCCCAGAUUUUACAAACAGAUGCGUCUCUAUAUCGCUUUAAUGAAUGAGCUCAAAUUUCUGGUAGAUUCACUUUAAAACUUGAUCACUGUAGAAAGAAAAACUUCGCCAUUUGUUUAUUUAACUGAUGGAUUUAAUGUAGAAAUAUACACACAAAAUGUAUGAUAACUUAAUUUUAUUGACAAACAAAUCCUAGCAAUUAGACUUUUAUUUUAUUGAUGGAGCAGAAAUAACAUCCUUUACAUUGUUUUACCCACCCAUUUAUCAUCAUUUUGAUGAGAUAUAUUUAACUGGUCAAUUUAACCUUUUUGAUUGGUGAUUUGUAGGAUCUUAUUUUUUAUCAUGCAUUGAUCAUUUCUAGAACAUGUUUGCUAUUAUAGUGUUCACAGUACCAUAUCAACAUGGUAACUAUAUAAGGAAUCUGAACAAAACAUCUGUCAGAUUUGUUUUCAUCAAAUUUAAAAUAUUUUAUAUACCUGUCAUUUUAUUUCACCUUUGGGUUUUAAUAAUUUUAGAGAAUAUUAUCAAUGUUUUAGUUCAUAAUUUCUUGAUGUUACAAAUAUGGUAUUAUGCUUGUGAAAAGUAACACAAUAUGCAGCUGUUACAAUUAUGAUCUCAUGUCUGUUUUUUACAUAUAAGUAAGAAUAUUAUGUAUUUUUACAUUUCACACAUUUAAGAGAUAGUAUUACAAAAUAUUACAACAAAGAUAUUACACUUAAACAUGUUAACACCAAAUGCAUUGACUUUGAAGAUGUAGUUAGUCACGUUUCUGACAAACUUCUUGGAACAUAAGGAAUUUAUUCUCUAUAAUAGGUUACAGAUUUAAACAUGCCAGGGGACAAUUACUGCAAAAGUGGAUUAUUUUUGCGUUGAGUAAAUCGGCAUGAAAAUAUCCACAUGCAAAUUUAUAGGAUAUAUGUAUUAUGGAUAUAACGAUUUCUUACCGGUAACCAAUGCCAAUCUGAACAUUUCUACGAUUAUUUUUUUCAAAAAGUUGUAACGCGAACAUUGCUACACGUGAAAACUUACACAUUUACGGUAUUUUACUUUGCUAUGAGGAAGAAAUUGCAACAAGUGUGUCUAACUGUAUGCUGUUUGUAACUUCUCUAGUCCAGUAAAUGGCGAUUAUAGUUAUCAAGGUAUUCAAAAUUUGUAAGGAAAAAACAAGAAUUACUGUAUUUAGAAUCUAUGAGUUGACUUGUCCUAGUAAACUGUAUUCUCUCUGUAGUUUCGAUAGAAUUGGCAGUAAAUUGAAAAGUAAAAUAAACAGCAAGACAAUAAUGUGAAGUUAUUUAAUCUGACACCAAAUUGACAUUGGUUAUGUAACUGACGUAUCGAGCCUGGAUAAAAUUGACGCAGGGAUAAUUUUUUCUUAUGAAGCUUGUUUCCUAAAUCCCAUGAAAUGAAAUGCCUUUCAAAAAUAGCAAAUGAAGUUCAUACAUGAAUGCAAUUCAAACUCCCAAUUUGUCUUGGAAAGAAACUUGCAAGUUGACAAUUUGUAUAUAUUGCCAUUGGAAUUUGGUUUCAUUAAUUACCCUGUAAGCAAAUGGUUUGACACAGACUUAAAUUAUCUAACUGAUCAGGAACUUCCUAAUUAAUAAUUGUACAUGUCUAUGGUGGAGUACAGGAAAACAUUUCUAUAGCAAUUAUUGUUUUAGAUAUGUACAACAAAGAUAUAUUCUUAUUACCUAUAUCAUGUAAAAGUGUUUACAUUUGUUUACCAUUGAUAAACUUUAUAUAUAGAGAGAUAUACAAACGUUUUAUAUGCACUUACCAAUACAAUUAAAUUGUUUAUAUCUGUAUUUGAGUGUUCUGUCAUUUUAAAAAAAACAAAAAAACAUUGGAAAGAUAUUUCAGACAAGGUAAAACAAAUUUUCCUCAAUUAAUUGAACAUUUUACAAUGUCUAGAGUUACCUCCCUUGUUACAGUCAUUUUCUUGACGCACUGGUAACUUUUGAUUAAAAAAAAUAGACAUGAAAGCAUUUGGCUUGCUAUAUUUGAAAAUGAUAUGCAAACUGCCACCAAAAACAGAGUCACUUCUGCUUUAUACCUUGUUAUUUUAUGAUGGUAGAUUUUUUGUGUUCUCUUUCGAUAUAUGAACAUCUCAUAAUGCAUUUGUUGAUUCAUGGUGUCUGCUCAGAAUUCCAUUUUGGCCACUUUCCAUCUGACAACAGCAGUAUUUAGAAAUCAUUAAAGAAAAUGCUGGUCCAUCUUUGUUCAUAAAUCAGGCGUUCAAUCUGAAUUAACCGUUUCACCACUGUAGACCAUAAUGGACUCGUCCAUAUCGAUGCAUGGAAGAUUACUUAAGGUGGCUCCACACUUUCGCAAUUUACCAGCAAAACUCGUUGAAACUUUCAUAUAAUGGUUAUGCAACUUU